GCGAGACGUGGAAGUCAUCAGGCGAAUGCUGAAAGGUAGCGGGCGAAAAGUGGAAGUUCUCGGGCCACAUCGCUCGUCGUUCCUGUGCGAGACAAAAGAAAAAGAAGAAGGCCGAGAGAUGGCUAUCCCUCCGCAGAUGCAUCGAUCAUGCGAAGAGAGGGAGACCGACUGGAAACAGAAGAAGCACGUCACAGUCGGUGCCGCCACGAGGGACUUACCCGAGAAGGCCGAACAGAACAUGCCCCUGGAAGAUCUCAAGCGACAAGUGGAAGUUCUCGGGCGAAAGCUGGAGAUGUUAGAGAAGUUAGUGGUCUUCAGGAGUUUCGAGCCUCCGACCGGCCACCAGCCCCCCCAAAGUGGUUCCUCCCAUGAUCCCGGGUUCGCCAACAUGGUCUUAAUGAUCGCAGCCGAGGACGGUCCCAAUGGAGGCCCUUCCAUGCCGUUGCUGGUUGACAGGGACAUUCUGGUUAGUCAGUCCCCGGUAUUUAAAGCAAUGCUCGAGAAUGAGAUGGAAGAAAGCCAAAGCGGCACCAUUAAGAUAAGUGACAUGUCGUAUGAUGCCCUCCAUGCAUUUGUCAACUUUCUUCGUGCCGGAGCAUGCGUCGAUGAGCAAAUGGCUUGUGAGCUUCUGGUAUCAGCAGAAAAGAACCUGGUGGAGCAGCUUAAAGCUUACUGCGAGAUGUUUUUGGUAUCCAAAUUAAACUGGGACAACUCGAUCAAAUACUUUGCCUUUGCGCACCAGCACAAUGCCAAGCAUCUACUUGACGCCGCCACGUCCGUAAUCUCAGAUAACUUGGGUAAGCUCAGAAAACGUCAAGAAUACUCGCUACUCUUUGAAGUGGACCCACGCCUUGGGUUGGAGUUACUAGAAGCAUCUCUUUUGAGGCGGGAAAACAAUGAUGCGGCAAAAGCAUCUCUUGCGAGGCGGGAAUGAUGCGGCAAAACAAUGCAGCACUUGAUACUUCUGCAAAGUAAUAGUCUCCUUUGGAGAAAGGAAAUUUGUAUCCACAAGAAUUGGGGGCUUUUUAUGUUUUAAUAAUCCUUUUCCUACUUCUGUUGGAGAUUCUCCUUUUCCUACUUCAGUUGGAGAUGAUCAUAUUCCUACUUCAGUUAUAGAUUCUCAGGUGAUUAUGAUGACUUUUGCUUUGGGGAGCAUUUUUAGCUUCACUGGUGAAAGCCAUUUUCUAGGUUCGGUUGAGUUACUUUGAUCGAUGAAUGAUAGGGAUCAAACUUUGAAACU